AAUGGAUGUCGAAGUGCCGAUUUUAUCCGGAUAUUUAAAUGUGCCAACUCAAUCUGGAUUCCCACUGCAUCGAAUUUCUAAAAAAAAAUCAUGCCAGAAAUAUUGCUUGCUAUUUAAAUCCAGUCGUUAUGGAAUUGAGAGGCUGGAAAUAUGUGAGUCAAAGGACGACAAAAAUCCAAAAAUUAUAACUUUGGAAAAUUGCGUUAAAAUUACUCAAGAACCGUCUCCAGCCAAUCUUAUUUGUAUAGUUAAGAAAACAGCUACUUUAACACUUAAUGCUAUAAAUGAGGAAAGUCUGAAGGAAUGGGUAAAUGCCCUUCAAAGCGUAGCUUUUCGCAGCAAAAAUGAGAACUCCCAAAAUGUAUCUGCCAUUGAAGAGGACAACGACUUAUAUUGCAGUUCUUACGACGAUGGUCUUUUUAUUGUCUCUCUAGUUCCGACGGAAGCGUCGAUCCGCUGUAACAUCGACCCCAAAUGUUAUAUUUUACAUUUAACCGCUACUGAGCUACAGCUAAAAUUAGCUAACGGUUCCAAAAACGUUAUAUCUAAUUGGCCAUAUCGUUUCAUUCGCAAAUAUGGAUAUCGCGAUGGAAAAUUUACAUUUGAAGCUGGUAGGAAGUGCUCAACGGGAGAGGGUAUGUUUAUUUUGGAUCACACAAAUCCGCAGGACGUUUUUCGUUGCAUGUCGUCAAAAAUGAAAAGUAUGAAAAAACUUAUAUCCGGCGAUGUUGUUAAUAUUGAUAAUUGCGAGAACCAACUUAAUGCGGCUGCAUCCAUGGAAGCUGGAUCUCGUAGUCCAUUACCUACUUCGUUUUCUUCACAACAUUCUUCUGAAUUAGAGAUUAAUUCAAACCAAAUUCUUAAAGGACUUACAGACCCAAGCUGCUUAGUGACACUAUCACCAAAAACGGUUCCCAAUAAACCGCCUCGUAGAAUUGUACCUAUGACAGAAAAGCCAACCGGUGUUAAUUCUCAAUGUAUAUCAUUGAAUAUGGAACAUAAUGCUACAAAUGAUAACACAAAGCAUAAACACAUUGAAGCUGUUGGAAUUACAACUAGUGAUUCAAGUAAAGCAGUAGGAUCCACUGUUAUACUUAAACCGCCAUCACCGAACAUGCAUCACGAAAUCAACUCCAUGCCAGACCCUACAGCGGAAGCAAUUGCAUGUCGCCAAAUUUUUGCAGAACGGGAUUAUGAAAAUCUUACAUACGAUCGGCUAGAGUUUUUGACAGCCAACAAUAGGAAUUCCAGUGGAUAUAAGACAAUAGUUCCGGUCAAUUCAACUGUAAAUCAAUGUCCAGCCACUAAGCCAUUACAAAAUGAAUAUGAAUUGAUAAAUGUGCCCGACACAGAUUCAUGUCGCAAAGCUGACGACGCACAUUUGGGAUAUGGCGUGCUUCGAAAAUCAAGGAACUCAUUGUUUUCGUCGCCUGUACAUCCAUUAGCUACCAAUAUCCCAUCUGCCAGCGUCGAGGAAGUCAACGAAAGUCAACGAAACACAAAUGGCAUUAACUAUACAUAUGUUAGAAAACCCAAGCGAGUAUAA